AUGACCGUCCCAGAACCGUUCACCUUGGCGCUCCAUGCAGCCGAAAAUCGUCUGGCCGGAGAGACUGUCGAGACAUGGAUCAGGACUGCCGAGCGAAUUCCUACCACAGCCAUCCUGCCGCCCGGCCUAGACGCAGCAACCUGGACUGACGUAGUUGCUGCGUUUUGCGAUAUUCUUGGCAAUGACGGUGUUCUGACAGGCCACGAGCACCGCGUUCGCUAUGCUGACCCAUAUGCGGAGCUACAAGACGAAGGAGAACAGGAGAAGAGGGGUACGGCGGCCACUCUUUAUCCUGUCACUGUAGAGCACAUCCAGAGCAUCCUCAAGGUAUGCAACAAGCACAGUAUCCCUACCUGGACCGUAUCCCGAGGCAAGAAUCUCGGGUACGGUGGACCAGCAGCGAGAGUCAAGGGCUCGAUCAUCCUCGACCUGCAGCGGAUGACCAAGAUCAUCGACGUGAAUGACCGGUACUCGUACUACACCGUCGAGCCCGGGGUGACCUUUUUCGACAUCUACAGAGCAAUCCAGGAGAAAAAGGCCAAUAUGUGGUGCUCCUGCCCGGCCCUGGGCUGGGGUUCCAUCGUCGGAAACGCACUGGACCGUGGCUGGGGAUACACACCCGCCGGCGAUCAUUCCAAUCAGAUAUGUGGCAUGGAAGUGGUUCUCGCAGACGGAACCCUCGUGCGCACGGGUAUGGGCGCCCUGGAAGAUUCAGUCUGCUGGCCGCUGUUCCGUGGCGGCUACGGCCCCACCUAUGAGUCCAUGUUCAGCCAGAGUAACUUCGGGAUUGUCACGAAGCUGAGCAUCUGGGCCUCGCCAAGCCCGGAAGGCUACAUGAUCUGUCGCCUAGAUGUCGAGGACGAAGCCGACCUCAACCCCAUGAUUGAGAUUUUCCGAAAGCUGCUGAUGCAUGAUACCAUUCAAAAUCACCCAAUUAUUGGUAAUAUCCCACGCGAGAUGGCUAAGAAGGGCCCAAGAAGCAAAUUCUAUGAUGGCGACGGAGCGAUACCAGAUGCGAGGCUGAAGGAGAUACAGAGGGAGCUCGGUGUUGGGUUUUGGUCUGCACGGUUUGGCCUUUAUGGUCCAAGAGAGAUGAUUGAAUUUAACUAUAAGAGGUGCCAACGGGCAUUCGAACAGCUUCCCGGCGCGAAGGUCUCAGGCACGGCCUUUUACCCUCCAGAUGGCAAAGAGUACCUGAGCCCCGAGGAUCUUCCAGUUGAAUUCCGGACCGUGGAGACGGGCACGCCGAGCCUUCUGGCUUUGAAGUCGGUACAAUACCGUGGCGAAGACGGCGGACACGUCUCUUUCUCCCCCAUCCUCCCCCCGGAUGGCAAGGCGUCCUUGGAUUUCUAUCACGCCGCAAAGGCUUGUUGCGCAGAAUACGGGUUCGAGUACUUCGGCGGUCUGCAUCUCUAUGAUCGACACCUGGCCAUGAUCAACAUGAUCUACUUUGACCGGCAGGACGAAACAGACCGACAGAACGCCAACAAAGCGUUUGUGGAUCUGGUCCACCUCGCACGUAAGUACGGCUACAGCGAGUAUCGGGCGCACGUGGACUACAUGGACCUCGUUGCAGAGCAGUACGACUUCAAUGGACGGAGCUUGAUGACACUCAACCAGCGGAUUAAAGAUGCCGUGGAUCCGCAGGGUAUUCUGAGCCCGGGGAAGCAGGGAAUUUGGCCGAGGCAAUAUCGACAAGAGGCGCCGAAGCAGGAGCCUACAGGGGUACACAAUGCAUUGAAUGGGCUGGCAAUCCAGGAUACAAAUUAUGCACAGAAGCUGUAA